AAGGCGAAAAAGCUGUAAUUUACUACAUAACUACUGUAAUUUGAUUCCUUAGAUUAGGUUAAACUUAUGCAGAUUCCAAGAGACACAAAUAUCAUUCUCCAAAAAGUAAAUAGGCUAUCGAAAGAUGGCUGAUAUUAAAACGCUUCUAAAAGAAGCAAGGAAAUUUAUUGACGAAAAAAAGUUUUCCGAGGCUCAAGAAUGCUGCAAAAAUAUUUUACGAAAAGACAAACAGAAUUAUUUCGGUCUAGUUCUACUAGGAAAAUCAUUGGAAGAUUCCGAUCAAGCUCCUUUGGCAUAUCAAAAAGCUAUUGCAAGCAAGGCUGACCACCCUUUGGCCUGGCAGGGGUUAGCAAAUUACUAUGAGAGGAAAGAGGAACAGUCAUUCAAGUUAAAACUAUUCCCAAUUUAUAAGGAAAUGUUAAAGCUAAAUCUAGAAGAGGAGAAGUCACUUGAAAUUGUAACAAAACUUGGCCAAUUAGGUAUUGCAUUGAAAAAUAAUGAGUCUAUAAGUAUUCUUUUGCAUUUUAUGAGGGAACAUCAGAACGAAAAUUUGACUACUGCUGCAGAACAACAAAUAUGUGAACUUUUAAAAGCCAAUAUUAUGUGUAAAAAACAAGAUAUUGAUGAAAUAAUUAAAAUUUUGCAUCAUAUCUACAAGAAAAAUCCAAGUGAAUCUAUUGAAAUUUUCCUGGCCAAAGUAAUAAUGCAAAAAAAUGAUUUUGUAUCAGCAGUGAAAGAAGUCAUAGAAUUGGAUUUCUUUUCAUGUAAUGUUUCAUUACGAGAAUGGCUUUGUCAGUAUCUAUGUAAGAAGUACACAGAAGACAGAUCUUUUGGUAAUUUUCAGAUUGAUAAACAUAUAAAUGACAUAACUAUGGGAAUACAAAAUUCCAAAUAUCCUGGAUUAUUGAAUAGUAUCAUUUUGUUUGAUAGAGGAAUGUACUUGGAUGCAUAUAAGCAGUGUGUGCCACUAGUAAACUAUCAACAAGGUGAUGAGACUGAAGCUAAUUUAAUAAUCAAUUGCACAAUUGCAUUAAAGAAGUGGACCAUUACUCAAAAGCUUGCAACAAACUUCCUAACCAAGGUAAAACCUGGUUCAAAGUUUUCUAUUGACCUUAAAAAGUUUUUAUUCACAUCUCUCAUGAAACAACAUAAAUGGAAGCAAGCUUUCAGUGUUAGCAAAGAAAUUCCACUAGAGUAUUUGAAUGUUCCUGAAUUAGCUACUAUUGCUGAGUGUUUUAUAGAAAACAAUGAAAAUGCUGAACCUAUACUUGAAAAAUUAAAAACUACAGAACAUUACUGUCAGCUUCAAGCUCUAUCAUUACUGAAACAAGGGAAAUACAAAGAAACAAUAACAUUGCUAGAAAAUGCAAGCCAUAAUGCUUUACAUCAAUUUUAUUUAGGGAAAGCCUAUUGGGAGCUGGAGCAGUAUGAUAAAUGUCUUAUGCAUCUUCUGAAAGCUGCAAAACUUGAUUCAGAACAUGCAGAAACAUUCUUUUAUCUUGGACAUUUUUAUUUCAAAAGAGAUGAUCUUGAAAAAGCUAAAAAAUGUUAUGAAAAAGCUUACAAUUUGAACAAUAAUGACAGCAACAUUGUGAAGAAACUUAGUGAGCUGUAUACAAAGUUGAAUUUGAAUGAUUUGGACUUUGAAUUACUCUCAUCUGCUGAGAAAACUAUUCAGACCAGUGAAUCAUGGUUACAUUUUAGAUUAGGUCUUCGUUACCUAAACAGAAGGGAUUGGGAGAAUGCUAUAAUCAAUUUCAGAUAUGUUAUUAAGGAUAAUCAAAAUGAUGUAACAGCUUUUGAAUGCUUAGCAGAUGCCUAUUAUUCCCGUGGAUCCUUUACUUCAGCCUUGAGAGCAUAUAACAAGGUUAUGACAAUGAAUCCAAAUAAAAGUGUCCACUGCCUUACAAGAAUUGGUUAUAUUUACUCAUUAUUGACUCAAUAUGAUGAUGCUAUAAUUGCAUUCAAGAAAGUAUUGACUAUUGAUGCAAAUUCUAUUCUUGCUCUGAAAGGAAUAACUGAAACACUAAUAAAUUUAGCCAAAAAGAAGGUAUCAGCCAAUCUGUAUGGCAGUGCAAGAGAUUAUGCACAAUGUGCUAUAGAUUACAUUAUGAAAGCUAUAGCCAUACAAAAACAAUUUCUAUGUUUUUGGAAAUUACUUGGAGAUACUUUAAUAUUUAUCACAAAAUUACCAGAUACAUAUAAAUAUGUUUUUAUCAAGGACUCAUUCUUUGAUAAGAAUGACGAGAAAUUGGUAAAAAAAGAAAAGGAUGAAAUUUUCCUUCAGGCUAUUAUUUGUUAUUCCUUUAUCGCAAAACAAAAUGGUCUAUUGGCUUCUUAUGACUUGGCAUCAGCUUAUCUGGCAUUUUAUCAAGAUAGCAAAAAAGUGGCAAAUUGUCACAUUGCAUUCAAUCUGGCUAUAUCUUGUGUGAAAGAAAAACCAACUCAAUGGCGUAAUUGGAAUUUACUUGGCAAAAUAUGCCUUUUCAUUAAAAAAUAUGAAACUGCACAACAUUGUUUUAUCAAGGCUUUGAUUGUAACAAGGAAAUGGUCUGUGGCUAAAAUAUGGUGUAAUCUAGGCACUUUAUAUCUGAAAUUGAAUCUUUACAAGAUAGCCAACUAUUGCUUCUGGCGUGGACAAUCAACUCUCCCAUCUUACCCACAAAGUUGGAUUGGACAGGCCUUAAUUGCUGAAACUAUUCGUGAAGAGGAAGCCAUGGACCUGUUCAGACAUGCAUGCAGGCUUGGAUAUCACCCAGAAAGUGCUCUAGGAUAUGCAGACUGGGUGUGUCGAACACUGAAGAAUAAUAGAUUUGAAGAAGACCCAGAAUUCAGAUAUGCCAUAGAAGGCCUUUAUGCUACAACCUAUGCAAUAGAUCUAGUUGAAUGGUUCAGUAACUUCGAACCUAACAAUGCUUGUGCUUGUAAUAUUCUUGGAAUUCUGCAAGAAAGAAAUGGAUUGCUAAAACCUGCACUGAAAUCUUAUGAAAAGGCAUUGCAAUAUGCAGAAGAUGACAAAAAGAAUAUUGUUCUUUUAAAUAUUGCUAGACUUUUAUUGAGACUUGAAAAUUAUGAAGAAUCUAUAAAAAUCUACAAAGCUAUAACUGAAGCCAGUUUAAAUUCGACCUGUGGUCUUGCACUUGCACUUUUCAAGAAAGGUUUAUAUGAAGAAUCUUACUCAGUUUAUGAUACUGCCCUCCAUUGGCUGAGUAAUGAUGAUGAUGAAAAAGCUGAUCUUCUAGUUGCCAUGGCUGGGAUUAUGUAUAUGUAUCAAGGUCCAGAUGAUGCUAAAACAAUAUUGUUUCAUAGUAUUCAAAUAUCUCAAAAAAAGCCUACAGCAUACAGUUUAUUUGGAAUUUGUACAAUUGGAUUGUUACACUCAGAACAGAGUUUAACUAAACUUGCAUUGAGUGAAUUGCAAAAAUAUGAAAAGGAUAGUAAGUUUGGAUAUGACAUUGGAUUUUUGAAAUCGUAUCCUCUGAUUUGUGAGGGAAAUGUGGAGCAGGCUAUAAAAUUGCUUAGUGAUUCUCUUCAUGAUCAUCCCUACAAUGCCCUCCUGUGGUUUUGUAUGGCAGAAUACUGUCUGCAAACGACAAAGGCAAAAAUUGGAAGCCGUUGUGCUCAAAAAGCUUUGUGUUCAAUACAAUACAAUAAUAACUAUGAUUCUGCAAAAAUACUAGCUACAGCCAGCAUUGCUGAGCAUAUUGCUGGAAAUAAGUCUAAAGCAUUGACUCUGGCAAAGGGUGGCUUACAUAAAUAUCCCCAUCAUUCUGAAAUUUGGGCUGCACUUCUCUUUUCACUCUUGUCACAUAAAAAUUGGCUGGAUAGAAAAGACUGGAUGGUGGGUGCAGCUGUUCACAUGAGACGACACCUUGAUAUCUCACGCCCAUUGAGCAGAUGGGUAAGUCUUGUUGAAAAAAAGCUAAGUAGAUAAAUAAGGUUUAAUAGAUGUUUGUGACGUUUUCACAACAUUGUUAUUAAUAGUUAUUGAUAAGCACUUAUAUUAUCAUGAAUUUGAUAACUUGUGAAUUCUUGUGUAAUAAUAACUUUGUAUCUUUUAAUUAUAAAAUAAAUGAAAUGAAUGUUGUAUUAAAA